AUGAGCAACGAAGAGACCCAAAGUGCCCCUGUCGACGACCAGACCCAGGUUACCCCUGCAGAUGACCAAGAACCUACAUUAUAUCACAUGGGCCUACCCGGACCCUUCUUAGUAGUCGGCCAGUCGCUCCGCCUCGUGGGCGCCAUCGAUGAGCAAGGGAACUUCAGGAGCCUGGCUUUGCAAACCUGCUACGGGCUACCAAGCCAUCAACAGAAGGUCAGUUUACAUGACUUAGAGGAUGGUACUCAACAGAUCGUUCUUAUCAAAGGGAGUGACGAGGCCUUGAAGAUGCUUUUGCUUGCUUAUGAAGCUGCAGCAGGAUUCUGCCGCGAUGCGCGGCUUCGGUUCCUGGAGUACGAAGUGGUUGUGGACGAUGGACGAAUGGAUAGCUCUUGA